CCCUGGUCUACUCCGUAGAACACAGAAUCCAAAUUCCAUUGCAUUCUAUUCCGUCAAAACCCCUAUAAUGUAAUAAUAAUUUCCUGAAACCUUAAACCCCUGUAAACGAAAACUUUUCCAAGGUUUCUUUCUUCCAAUCAAUCGCCAUUUCCUUCUUCUCUCGCAAGUCUCUUCAUCACUUCGUUCUCUAGAACAUUCCUUCAUUUUUAUCACCAUUGCUUGGAAAGUGUGAAUGUGCUGUUUCCCGUGUAACGGCAGGAUUGCUUGUUGAUGGCAUCCAGAUUUUUAGUGCGAAGGAGAAGACAAUUUGUUGAUUUACUGAAUGUCCAUCUGCGGUGUAUCCACAGUUUCCAAAAUUCCAACUCUGAACAGUCCACUAGGCAUUUUAAUCUUCAAAAUUCUAGUACAGGCUAUGUUUCUCCGAAAACAAAAAUAGUAAAUGAGGGAGAUUCAUUUCCAAUUCCUUGUGUUAAAAGCCAUGUGACAGACUUUUCUGCUCUAGGAGUGUAUAGGUCGACAUAUUUUAUUUUACCUACUUAUCAGUAUAGGAGACAGAAAAAUAGAUUGGCAACAACCAUUGCAUUAGAUUUUCAAUCAUCACGUCAUGCCUCAACUGCCACAGCAGGACAACCAGAGUAUGAUGAUGAGGAAUAUGAAUCUGUUGCUGCUAAGAAGAGAAAGGAGGCAUCUCCAGAGGAAUGUGACCAAGCUGUAGUAGGCUUAAGUACCGCCAAAGCGGAAGUAAAAGCUAAGUUACAGGAUUCUCAAAAGGGUGCUCAGACUGUUCUGCAUAAAGUCUGGGCGACACUUUUGGGAAUCGGUCCUGCUUUGAGAGCUAUAGCUUCCAUGAGUAGGGAGGAUUGGGCUAAAAAGGCGAUUCACUGGAAGGAUGAAAUCAAGUCGACCUUGCAGCACUACUGGCUGGGUUGCAAAUUGUUAUGGACAGAUGUGAGGAUUAGUUCAAGGUUGCUCCUCAAACUUGCUGGUGGAAGGAGUCUCUCUCGAAGGGAAAGACAACAGCUUACAAGGACAACAGCAGACAUUUUUAGACUUGUUCCAUUUGCUGUUUUUAUCAUUGUCCCCUUCAUGGAGUUUUUACUUCCGGUAUUUCUGAAGCUUUUCCCAAACAUGCUUCCAUCUACCUUUCAAGACAAGAUGAAAGAGCAGGAAGCUUUGAAACGGAGACUUACUGCAAGAAUAGAAUACGCGAAGUUUCUUCAGGAUACUGUCAAACAAAUGGCCAAAGAGGUGCAAAAUUCACGUAGUGGAGAGAUUAAGCAAACAGCUGAAGACCUUGAUGAGUUUUUGAACAAGAUUAGAAAAGGUAGCAGUGUCUCAAAUGAGGAGAUUUUGGGCUUUGCAAAGCUGUUUAAUGAUGAACUCACCCUUGAUAAUAUCAGCAGGCCCCGAUUAGUGAACAUGUGUAAAUAUAUGGGUAUCAGUCCUUUUGGCACAGAUGCAUAUUUGCGGUACAUGCUUCGCAAGAGACUGAAGCGGAUUAAAGAUGAUGACAGGCUGAUCCAAGCAGAGGGUAUUGAAACUCUUACUGAAGCUGAACUCCGUGAAGAAUGUCGAGAACGUGGUAUGCUUGGAUUGGUAUCAGUGGACGAAAUGCGUCAGCUACUUCGUGAUUGGCUGGAUUUGUCUCUCAAUCACGCUGUCCCAUCUUCUUUAUUAAUCCUUUCUAGGGCCUUUAUGGUGUCUGGAAAGCUAAAGCCUGAAGAGGUUGUGCAGGCAACUUUAUCUUCUCUUCCAGAUGAGGUUGUAGAUACUGUUGGUGUUGCAUCUUUACCUUCUGAAGAUUCUGUUUCAGAGAGGAGGAGGAAGCUGGAAUACCUUGAGAUGCAGGAGGAGUUAAUUAAGGAUGAAGAAGAAGAUAAAGAAGAAGCUAGGAUUAAAGAAUCUGCUAUAGAUGAAGGAGAUAUUGCAUUGAAAGAGAUGAAGAUCCCAACGGCUAGAGAAGUACACGAACAAGCUAGAGCUAGAGCAGCCGAAAAGCAAGAGCAGCUAUGUAAACUCAGUCGCGCCUUGGCUGUUCUGGCUUCUGCAUCAUCUGUUAGUAGGGAGCGUGAAGAAUUUCUGAGGCUUGUCAACCAAGAGAUCGAAAUGUAUAAUACUAUGGUUGAGAAAGAGGGUACGGAUGGUGAAGCAGAGGCUUUGAAGGCCUAUAAGGCUGCCCGAGAAGAAAGCGACAAUGCUGCUGAAGUGGCUAUUGCAGACAAGGUCUCAUCAGCACUAAUAAAUCGGGUUGAUGCAAUGCUUCAAAAACUGGAAAAAGAAAUUGAUGAUGUGGAUGCCAAAAUUGGCGAUCGCUGGCAGCUGCUUGACAGAGACUUUGAUGGGAAAGUAACACCUGAGGAAGUGGCUGCUGCUGCUAUGUACCUAAAGCACACGUUUGGCAAAGAGGGUGUCCAAGAAUUGAUCAGCAACCUUUCUAAAGAUGGAGAUGGAAAGAUUCUUGUUGAAGACAUUGUUAGAUUGGGCAGCCAAGCUGACGACGACAACACUACUGAGUUGGAGGGUAGAGGCUGAUAUACAAAUGAUACAAGUUCUCCUUUCAUGUAUAGGUUACAUUCAAAACCACAAAAUAUUUAGUCUAGUAAUCCCCAUCUUUUAGAAUAAUUUUCACACCAUUCUUAGAGCUUGAAUUUAUAGCUUGUAUAAUUUUAAUGGUGUUGGCAAUGCGUUGGGGUUGCUCUGUUUAUUGACGCUAGCCUUAAUCUUAUCUAGGCCCCCAAGGCUUGUGUAAAUUUGAUAAUGGAAUGGAAUCUUAAUUCUCUUACCACAAGUGGCAUUGGCAUCGGCAUCGGCAUCAGCAUCGGCCUGUUGAAGAAACUGACAACUUGUCUGAUCUAUGAAAAAUCAAGAACAUCCCAAGUGUCAGAAGGAUUAGGAAAAUUAGCACUAGUAUCAUGACCAUGAUUAGAAGUCUACAUGGUAUUAAUACCUACCGUUUAUUUGACUCUUGUUGUAUACUAAAGGCUAUAUAAUUUAUAACCCUUGAAAACACUUUUGCUGUAGGAGCAAAUUUAUGCCUAUCUCUUUGUAAUGCAGUUAUAAAACAUAAGUACCCUAAAGAUCUUAAAUUAUCAUAAUCUGGUUUUGUGCCAAAA